GGGUUGCUGAACCUCAAGCUAAAGCAUGAUCAAUGGCGUCUACGGUUUCAUCUUCUGAGGGAACAAGUUGGGGCCAAAGGGUAUCCGAAAAUGUUCUUUCUUUCUACACUUCUCUUCCCAAGAAAGGCAAACCUCAAGGCCGUGAAAUCACCGUUUUGGCUGCUUUUCUUCUAUCUUCUCCUUCCAAUGAUUUGAAGGUUGUUGCAAUAGGAACGGGAACAAAGUGCAUUGGACGUUCUCUCUUACGUUCUUGUGGUGAUGUUGUGCAUGAUUCUCAUGCUGAAGUUAUAGCUCGAAGAGCUUUGAUGAGGUUCUUCUAUACACAGAUUCAACAUCUUACUGAAACUUGUAGUAAGAAUGCACCUAGCAAUGGAGGCAAACGGUUCAAAGUUGAUGAUGGCAACUUACUAUUCGAGUUGGACACAGGGUGUCUUAAUAAAAGAAAAUAUAUCAUGAGAAAGGGUUGGAAAUUACAUAUGUAUAUAUCACAAUUACCAUGUGGAGAUGCUUCACUGAGUUCACUUGUCUCUCCUUUGGAAACUGUGCCUUUGGGAGAAAGUGAAUCACCUUCACAUUUGGGUAAGCUAAAUAAUUCCAUAGAUUGUGGUUCAAAACAAAAGGGGAUGGUCCAGAGGAAGCCAGGUCGUGGUGAUACAACUCUGUCAGUUAGUUGCUCCGACAAGAUAGCUCGUUGGAAUGUUGUUGGUGUUCAAGGAGCUUUGCUUUCCUACUUUCUUCAACCUCUAUAUCUUUCUUCAGUUACUGUUGGUCUGCCCCUUAACAGUCCUGAGAAUUUUCGCUUUGAGGAUAACUUGAAAAGAGCUUUGUAUGAUCGUAUCCUACCCUUAUCAAACGAGCUAACGCAUCCAUUUCUAGUGAAUCAGCCACUAUUUCAGGCUGCUCCAGUACCACCAAAGGACUUUCAGCAAUCUGAGAGUGCUGCUAACACUUUAACAUGCGGGUAUUCUAUAUGUUGGAAUACAUGUGGCUUGCAUGAAGUUAUCCUGGGAACUACAGGAAGAAAGCAAGGCACCUCUGCAAAAGGGGCAUUCUACCCGUCAACAGAGUCAUCUUUAUGCAAAAAAAGGAUACUAGAGGUUUUCUUGUCAUUGAAGCCGGAGUGCUUGACCAGUUCUCUGGCCAAUGGGAUUACUUAUAGAGAACUUAAGGACGGGGCUGAAGAAUAUCAUUUGGCUUCCAAAAUUUUCAAAGGGAAGCCACCUUUUAGCAAGUGGUUCUUGAAACCCUUGGACUGUGAGGCAUUCCCCAUUCCAAUAUUGCCAUAGGCUAUUUUCUUCAUUUGUUUCAAUUUUUCUCCUACUCAGAUUUUCUUUGCUUAAUUGACAGCCUAUAUAUUGGCUCACACUGCUAGCUAUUAUUAGAUUAGAAAAUAUCUCAGCUAUCUGCAAUACCAUUUUCAUUGAAAAAACGACCUUCAAAAUUAAACAAGUUGGCUUGAAGAUUACAGAUUAAAAACUUCAGUUUGCUUCACUGAAAUCUUCAUAAAGUUUAAAGAUUGAGGCAAGCUUGUGCAUCUACAUUACACAUUGUCCUUUGCUAGAUGGUUCAUGGACAUCCUCCAACGGGCAAAAUGGCACAUGGAUUAUGCAUUGGCAUGGGUGUUAAAAAAAUGAGAGAGUCAAUUUGUAGUUUGCAUAAUUCUUAGUAGUUUGGUCCAUAAGAUGACUUGUUGUACACGUUAAGGACUAUAACGAGAUAC